AUGGCCGAAUCCGAACCAAACACCCACCAACCACCAGCAGCAUCGCCCUCCCCUCCCCCGCCAGCCCAAGUUCCCCAAGCUCCCGGCCCUCGCGCUUCACGUCUGCACCAAGUUUUCGACCAAGCUUUGGCGCGCACACUUCGCGCAAACUCAUAUGCGAAUUUUGCAAGCUGCUUCCCUACACCGGCGCGCCAUGUUCCUGCCAGUCUAGAGAGUGUUUGGCGACAAUUAAACGCGAAGCUAGAAGAGAGCGCGAAAGCCGAGUUUGAGGAGAUCAUUGCGGAGCGGGAUGUCGUACCGCAUCUUAAUGAAUUGGAUCGAUUGGUCGGUGAGGCUAGGGCGAGGAGGGACCAGGAGGAGGAUGAGGAUUCUGAGAGGACUGUUCCACAUACCCUCGGCGCAGAAGACCUGUACAAGGCACACCUCACGCCGUAUCUGCAGGAAGCGCAGUCGACCCUGAAUGACAGACUUAAAGUAACGCAUGCGGAGAACACGCAGCUGGCGCAGACUGUUCAGUCGCAGAGACAGGAAAUCGAACAACUGCUGGCGCAUCUUGGUUAUGUGGUUUCUGAUAUUGAGGGAGCUGCUUCUGCUGCCACGCAGUUCAGCAAGGAGCAUCAUCUUCGCCAGGAUGCGGUCCAGAUGGAUGAGGAGGUAAAUGCUCGUUCGGGUCUGUGA